CAAACCCAAAAAAAACCGAGGAUGAUGUACGAACCAGGGCACCAUUUUCAGGCCCAGAAGAAGCCGCAGCAGCUAAACAGAUGGCGCCCAUCCAAGAACAAUAGCGAAGACUGCGAUGAAGCUCUGGCAAUGGUGGAUUUGGAUUUGAGUGGCUUAUCUCUUGAAUCUCUCCCCAAUCCAACCCUCAAUCUCGCUUCAAUUUCGCAUCUCGAUCUCUCCAACAACAAUCUUCAGGUAAUUCCUGAAUCGUUAACGGCUCGGUUGUUGAAUUUGGUGUCGUUUGAUGUGCAUUCGAAUCAACUCAAGUCUCUUCCGAAUUCUAUUGGGUGUCUUUCGAAACUCAAGAUUCUUAAUGUCUCUGGUAACCUCAUCGUUUCUCUUCCUUCCACGAUUGAAAAUUGCAGGUCAUUGGAAGAGUUGCAUGCCAACUUCAACCAGCUUACCAGGCUUCCAGACACCAUAGGCUUUGAGUUGACCAAUCUCAAGAAGUUAGCAGUCAACUCUAACAAGCUUGAUUUCCUCCCCCACUCGCUCUCCCAUUUGACCUCCCUCCGCGUGCUCGACACGCACCUCAACUGCCUCCGGUCACUCCCCGACGACUUGGAGAAUCUCAUCAACCUCCAAGUCUUGAACGUAAGCCAAAACUUUCAAUACCUCCAAGCCCUCCCCUACUCCAUUGGGCUCCUCAUCUCCUUGGUCGAGCUUGACAUCAGCUACAACAAGAUCACCUCCCUCCCAGACUCCAUUGGCUGCCUCAAGAAUCUCAAGAAGCUCAACGUUGAAGGCAACCCUCUAGCAUCGCCCCCGCCCGAGGUGAUCGAGCAAGGUUUAGACGCAGUGAGGAUGUACUUGAGCGACAGGAUGAACGGAGUGCAUAAAGGAUCACAUAAGAAGAGGUCAUGGGUGGGGAAAUUGGUGAAGUAUGGAACUUUCAACAGCAGAGGGAAUGGGGUGAGCCGAGAGGAGAAAGAGGGGUUCAUCAUGCCAGAGUAUCGAUCCAUCGACGGCCUGGCAUCACCGAGAUACAUGGGAAUGUUCUCGCCGCGCCGUCUGUUCUCGCCCCGGCAUACGUUCUCGAAGUGAGAAAGCUAAGAGUUGGUAUAAUAUUUGUGUUAUAGUUACAGAUGAUAGCAAAAAUAGGGUUGGAGGUAGGAAGGGUUGAAUGGGUCAUGUAAAUGUAAAAGACAAUGGUAGGAAAUGAUGUAAGCUAUUCGUUCCUUUUUGCCAACAAUUGUGUUGUCUGCUCUGCUUCAUAGGAUUAACGUAUGAAGUAUUGUUUUAAGAAUGUUUUGAAUGUUUAAGGAUGUUGUUUAAGGU